AUGCGAACUUCACCAAAUAUUAUCGUCACGGGGACGCCCGGCGUUGGAAAGACGACUCACUGCGAGAGUCUGGCAGAAAGGACUGGUCUUCGUCACCUUUCUGUCAACCAAGUGGUCAAGGACAAGGAGUGCCAUGAGGGAUGGAGUGACGAGUAUCACAGCUGGAUUGUUGAUGAGGAUAAGCUGCUGGAUGCUAUCGAGGAUGAUGUCAAGGCCGGUGGUUGCAUCAUCGACUGGCACGCCUGUGAUCUUUUCCCCAAGAGCUGGAUCGAUCUGGUCGUGGUACUUCGAGUCGACUCUUCGACGCUCUAUGAUCGUCUCAAGGCGAGAAACUACCCCGAGUCUAAGCUUCAGGAGAACCUCGACUCUGAGAUUAUGGAGGUGCUGCUACAGGAAGCGCACGAGGCUUUUGAUGAGGAGAUUGUCAUUGAGUUGACGAGCAACACUGCGGAUGAGAUGGAGACCAACGUCGAUCGCAUCGAGGCCUGGACGAAGCAGUGGAAGAAGGACAACAGCGAGCAAUGA